AACUUCAUACAGACAAGCACUUUUCUGUUCCUUACCAAAACACGCAGUAUUUAACCUUUCUGCAACUGACUUGAAUACAGUAGACUGCUUUAAUUGUACUGCCUUUGAAUUGCACAGAUGCUGACCAUUAAUAUUUCAAGGCGUUUGUUUUGGAAAUUUGCCCUUCUGAACUUUCAUCUGAAGGCAGAUUUUCUGCAGUUAGAAGUUACUAGAACUGUCUGAGGAGAGCUUCCAGGCAUCUGCAAAAUGUUGAACUGGUUACAGAAGUGGAACAUAAUUUCCAGUUUUGUUAACUUUAUAACCUCUUUUUUCCCUUCCAGACAGCAAGGAUACAUAGGCUUCAAGGAACCCAGCAAUAUGGCUGUACCCCCACUUCAGCAGCCCAGCUUUCUGCUGGCAAGCCUAAAAGCAGAUUAUUUGAAUAAGCCCUUUUCACAGCGAUGCAUAGAUCUUGCUAAAGUGAUUGAGGACUAUCCUGCCAAGGUACAGUAUACAAAUUUCAAUUGGCUGCUAUUUCCAAUUUUCAUGUCUCUCACCUUCAUUCUUGCUGGUUGGGAAAUGAAAUGCAUGAGAGGGAUGGUAGAAUGCCCAUUAGGAUAUUCUCUAUUGUGGCAAUUUAUAGGGCCUGGUGGGCCAAUGAUGAAAUUAGUGUACAGACUGCAAGCUGAGGAGUACAGAUACGAGUUCCCAGUCAGCUUUCUGCCGGGUCCUGUGAAGAACUCUAUUCAAGAAGGAGGUCCUCUCGACUGUCCAUUGUAUCACAGCAGAAUUCAGUUGCCAAUCUCAGGCUUUCAUAGUUUGAACCUCGCGCUUAAUCCUUUUGAGUACUACAUUUUUCAUUUUGCAUAUAGUCUUCUCACAUAUAGAAGUUAUCCGGUUGGGUAUCACUUCAGUUAUUCUGAAAGUGCAUACUUCAGUCUGGUGGACAGGUACCUGAAGUACUUCCUUCCAGUGGAAGGCAAUGUUCCUCCACCUCCAACUUUGAUUACAGGGGCAGCUGUUUCUCCUCCUGCAUCCAGAACGCCAACAGUUCCUUUCACCUCUUACGGAGUGCACCAUAGCAGCUUGCUAAAACGGCACAUUUCUCAUCAGCCCUCAGUAAAUGCAGAUCCUGCUGCUCAGGAGAUCUGGAGAUCUGAGAUUUUACUUCAGAUUUUUGUGGAAAUGUGGCUUCAUCAUUAUUCUCUAGAGGUAUACCAGAAGAUGCAGUCUCCACACACCAAGGAACCAUUCAGUCCCAGUGAAGAACAUGUAUUGGUGGUGAGGCUACUUCUGAAGCAUCUUCAUGCAUUUUCAAACAGCUUGAGGCCUGAGCAGUUUUCUCCUUCUACUCACUCUCAUGCAAGCCCACUAGAAGAGUUCAAAAGGGUUGUGAUCCCUCGAUUUGUACAGAAGAAGCUGUAUGUAUUCCUGCAGCAUUGUUUUAGCCACUGGCCGUUAGAUGCUUCCUUUAGAGCGGUUUUAGAGACUUGGCUAAGCUAUAUUCAGCCAUGGAGAUAUGCCAGUGAUAAAGUUCUUCUAGGAGCAGAUGUGCAAGAUCGCACUGUAUCUGAAAAAUGGGCUACUUUCGUCCAGGACAACUUACUGAUGUACACAAAAUUGUUCUCAAGUUUCCUAAAUCGAGCAGUCAGAACUGACCUUGUUGCUCCUAAAAAUGCUUUGAUGGUUUUCAGGGUGGCUAAGAUCUUCUCACAACCAAAUUUGGCUGAAAUGAUACAAAAAGCUGAGCAGUUGUUCCUGGAGCCAGAUCAAGUGCUUCAUCGACAGCAUCGUAUUUUCAUGACCCCCAAUCAGGGAGGUAGCUUCCUUUCAGCUCGUCAGCCUGUGACCACCGAUGCAUCUUUCAGAGUGAAGAAUCAUGUGUACAGCUCGGAGGGACAAGACUGCCAGUACAGACAGAUGUUCAGUGCAGAGGUUAAGAACUUGGUGUUCCAUCUGGGACAUUUGAUUGCACAGGCGCAGCAGACAGCUAAGUCCAUUUCUGACCAUUCUGAGGCCACUUCUAAACAGUCCUUCCUUUCCUGGUUCAGUUUUGGAUACUCUGGUUUCAAUAACUCUUACAAUGGGAAUGAUCUUGAUGAAAGUGGAUCUAGCAACAUCAGAAAAACUGAUGAAUAUUUGGAGAAAGCUUUGGAGUACCUCUGUCAGAUCUACCGGUUGAAUGCUGUGCAUCUGUCCCACAUGGCUGCAACACUAGGAGCCGCACAAGAAGAGGAUGGGAAGAAGCAGCUUCCAGAUUGCAUUCCAAGUGAGAAUGGACUUGUACUCACCAACCUUGGCAGGUACCAGAUAAUAAAUGGACUUCGUAAGUUUCCCAUAGAAUAUCAGGGAGAUCCUGAGCUUCAACCAGUCAGAAGUUACGAGAGUGUAACCUUGGUGCGUUUUUUCUUCAAGCUUUCCUCUGCCAUCAAUGAACGGUUCGCAGGUGAAAUGGAGUCUCUCUGCUCUAGGAGAGGAUGGAUUGGAAAGGUGGCACGUUAUUAUCUCAUGCCUUCUUUGUCACAGAAGUCUCUUCAUAGUCCAGCAACACAGCAAAGGAGCCAACAGGUUCCACAGCCCAGACUUAGUUUGCGAUUCCUGGCCAGCUACAGGACAAUGUUUUUUGUGUUCCUAAUUUACAUUGUGGCUUGGCUGCUGUCUGUGGGCCCAGUCCCCUGCACCUUCUACUGUCUAGCAGCUUUUCUUCUCAUUGGAGUUGCAGUGGCUCUGUUUUCUGAGCAACAAAAACUUCAUCAGCAGUGAAAACAUUGUGAUCUAAUUUUUUUAAGUUAUAUUUUUUUAAGACAACUGUUUUGGAAUUCUGCUGUGUACAACUAUGUCAGGUGUAAAUGAGCUGAGGCAAAUAAUUCAAUCCUUUUUACAUUCUGCUCCGUACCAUGGGUAAAGAUUGCAAGUUGUUCUGGUAUGGAAUUUGAAUGGGUACGAGGUAAGUGUAUUUGGUGCAAGCUUUAGUGAUUGUCCACUGAACGGCUUCUGCAAAUUUCCAGAAGUAUGGAAGUAUAAUAAUUUCACAGUAUAGUUCUACAAAUUCAUUAUGUAAGUAACAGUACUGGUUUGCCAGGAAGCAUUUUUUUAUAUUAUUGCCUUUUUACAAAUUUUUUUAAGAAGUUUAAUUUUUCUUUAAAUGAGAAACUAUUCUAUAUCAAGAGUAUUUGUGUCACAUUUGUUCAGAUUUUAAUGGAAAAUAUCUAGUGCUUUUCGCCUCUCCCUUUUACAUGCAUCAAGUUGCCCCCAUUUACUGCUUCCCCUGUUGUAGUGGUGCACACACCCCUAGUUACUAUCAUUACUGGUGGAUCUCCCCUUUCUAUUGGAAAGGCUCAUAGACUUUUGAGGCUUACAAGGUCAGCAUCAUCUCUCUGAAAUUGUGAUCUGUUUUUUGGGCAGGCAUGAAUUGAUGUACGUAGAUUUGUACUGUCUGUAUGCAAUUGCCUGACUUCUGCCUUUCGCCAGGAUUUUAGCUGUAGCCUGUCUGUGAAACAGGGGAGCUGGCUUUCUUCUUAUUCUUGAAUUGUCCACUUAUUUGAAGUGUGAAGUUUGACUUUGCAGGUACUGGCCUUUUCAAACGUAGUGUGUGAUACUGAGAUUAAAACAGCAAGUUUUAAAUGUAACUGUUACUCUGAAGUAUUUUGCAGUAGAGCUACCCUUCCUCUGUCCCUGACAUGGAGGAUUGCAUGGGAGGAGAACUGUACCCUACACACACACACACACACACACACACACACACACACACACACACACACACACACACCUGUGUUUUUACUAACUCCACAAGCUGCUACACCUCAGAGUAGGGAGUACUUUGAAAUAACAUAACCUCACCUCAGAAUUAAUUCAUGUUCCCCACAUAUGUAUUUACAGUCCUUGUAUUCUAACUGUCAUCAUUAUAGCACUCACAAUUUCAGCAGACAUGUCCAAGAUCCUAGCCAUACCUGAACUGCUGGCUUGAGUGUUGGAAAUCUAGCUACUGUGUCAAGUAUGGCAGCAAGGUAAAUAUUAAGUCGUACUGUUUCAUAAAAUUAGUUAAACUGAGUUGUAAGUUGGUAAAACAUCCACUUCCAAGCGUCCACACAGUGUGAUUGCAUUUCCUAUAGAAGUUUUUGUGACUUAUUUUUGUAGCAUUUGUAAGCCUUUAUAUUGCAAGUAAGAUUAACCAGCUUGGCUGCUUGGUUAACGGAGUUAUGUGAUGUGCCAUGAUCCCAUCCUUAAAGGGGGGGGUUGUCCUGAUGCUGCCCGUAGUAAAAGUUCCAGUCUGCAACGUUGUCAUCUUUGGUUCUCUUAGUAACACCUGCAUGGUCAGGGGUGGCGGAGACUUAAGUAGGCAACAGACCUGUUUUUCAGUUUGAGGAGGUAGAGAAAUUACCACUACUUGUCCCAUCCAAUGGUGGAGACCAAAGGAAAUAUCAAGUUUUAAACAGUCCAACAAGAUUGAAGCAGAUGUUACAGUAUGAACAUGACAGCACAUGCGUGCCUUCCCAGAUGCACAAGGUUUUCCAUCUUUGUGGCAUUUAUUGAUGAUUCUGACUGUGUUGAUUUGAGCUGUUGGUUGUAUCUUUCUCUGUUUGGUUUACUGAGUUUUGAAAUUGUGGAAAUUGUCACUGGAAACUUCUUUAUUAUGUGUCAUGACUUGCAUAAUAUUGUAGAUUUUUUUUUUAAAUACAAUUCUUUUCACAAAUACAUUGUAUAUCCAAAUGAA